CACGCCGCAUGUCCUCAGUACGAUACCUACCAUUAGCACCCCCAUCUUCGAUAUCUCAAAACUUCAAAUACUCCUUACAAAGACUCGAACGCUGGAACUUAUUAGAAACUUAUUCAUCAAUCAGAUUCCCUUUACUCUGAUUCGAACCUUCAACCUCAAUUUGAAAACCCUAAACCCUAGAAAAAUACAACAAUGGAAGUCGAAAUCAUGCACAAAAAAUCAACUGAUAGGAAUAAGAAAAAGAAGAAUAAGAAUCAAGACAAAAAUUCAAGAACAGCAUUGGAUUCACGAGGUGUAGUAGAAGCAGUAGAAGUACCUUUGAUCAAGUGUAGUACUACUACCACAACUACUGAUAAUGAUAAUACUAAUGUGGAGGAUAAUUCGAAAAUUAAAUCAUCGAUGUUUGAUUAUUGUUAUGAGAAUCAUUUAAAAGCAAUGGAUAUGAUUUAUAAGAUUUGUGGUGAAGAGGAUGAUUUAGAUUUGGUUGAUUGUGAAAUUGAACGUUUAGCGUCGACUAUCACUUUUCUUAGUGAGUGGAGAUAUUUCAAAUACAAUUCAAGGAGUAUUCGCUUUGUGUCUGAAACAGGACAUCCCAAUGAGAUGGGAGAAAUAGCUUUAUCUCAAUUCUCUGCUGCGAUGGUGCCAAAGUAUGAUAAGGAGACAGAGAAAUUGGCUGAUCCGAUGUCUACGGAUUCCUGCAAUGAUUUUGUAUUAUAUGUCGGAGGACUUGUGUGGUCACUGGAUUGGUGUCCUAGGAUGGAUCAAGGAACAAACUCUGCUGCACAAUGUGAGUUUAUUGCUGUUGCUGCUCAUCCCCCUGAUUCAAAGCACCACAAAAUAGGUGAUCCUCUUAGUGGUCGAGGGAUGAUUCAGAUUUGGUGUCUGUUAAACUCCACGACUAAGGAAGGUAUGCUAGCUCCUGUAGAGAGCAUAAAGCGGAGAUACCAAAAAAAUAAGGCUGCAAAAAAUGACGAGAAUAAACCUGUGAGGCCUAGGGGUAGACCUAAAAAGAAUGUACUGAGAAAACCUCCUGCCUCAAAUUCCGAAGGUCAGAUAAGUCAAGCUCUUGUGCUUCGGCCUUCAGUAAAUACAUUAGAAGUGUCACUUGCUGAUGAGUUCCAGGAACAAAUAGCUCCUGAAGUUCAGAUUGCUCACCAUCUUGCUGUUAAGCUUCCAGUAAAUACAUCUGACAUGCCACAUGCCGCCCAGGAAAUGUCAUCUCCUGGUAGCAAAAAUGAUGAAUUACAUCAAAGUAAGAACCUUUCAAAGGAAGAAAGUAAACAAGAACAACCCAGAGGAAAGGCUAGAAAGAAUCGAAUAAAUAAUAUUUCUGUUGAAGAUCCUGAAGGCCAGUUCAUUCCAGCCCUUGCAGUUCAGCUCCCAGGGCAUACAUUAGAUGUGCUUCCCGUGGAUGAAAAUAUAAUAAGUGUCUCUGCUCCAAAAAAACGAAAAGAAAGAAAGAGAAAAGCUGCCAAUAAUGAAAAGAAUGCAACAGCCCGAACGGCUGGUAGCUCUGAAGGGCAGUUUAUUCAAGCUCUUGCCACUGAAUUUCCAGAAGGUAUGAAAAAAUUUUCUCCAACUGGAGAUAAUUUGCUGAACACCUCUGGGCCUCUUGAAGAAACUAAGAAAUGCCGUACCAGCGAAAGAUUGCUUGCAGCCGACAUGGAUUGCACACUUGCAGUGUUGAAGAGAAGGUCGAGAAAUAAGUCAAAAGCAUUUAAUGAAUUGGAUCGCGAAAACAAUGGUUAUCCGACUCAAAUUUUGGAUCCGGCACCCUCUCUUGCAACUGUGAGUCUGGAAAAAAAUAUUAUGCAUAAAAACAAUUUGGUAUCGGAAGAAGACAUGCGUGAAAAUACCUCAAAUCUGGGAUCUGACUGUGGUCAUGUCCUAAACGAUGUUCUCCCUAGAGUUGUCCUAUGCCUGGGUCAUGAUGGGAAGGUUGCUUGGGAUGUAAAAUGGAGGCCUCUUAUUGAUACCGAGUCUGUUGCUAAGCAUAGAAUGGGCUAUCUAGCUGUUGUUCUUGGCAAUGGAUCUGUGGAAGUGUGGGAAAUUCCUUCACCUAAAGUAAUUAGUUCUAUUUAUGCAUCUCGACGUGCAAAGGAUACAGAUCCUCGCUUUGCAAAAUUGAAGCCAGUAUUCCGAUGCUCAAUGUUAAAAUACGGUGAUAGGCAGAGUAUGCCUCUCACGGUGGAAUGGUCAACUACCCCCCCGCACGAUUUGAUAUUGGCAGGAUGUCAUGAUGGAGUGGUAGCUUUGUGGAAGUUCUCUGCAAAUGCUUCUCCUGAAGAUUCCAGACCACUGUUGUGCUUUAGCGCAGAGACAGGUCCUAUUAGAGCUCUUACUUGGGCCCCAUAUGAAGGUGAUCCUGAGAGUUCAAAUAUUAUUGUCACCGCUGGACAUGGAGGGUUGAAGUUCUGGGACUUGCGUGAUCCAUUCCGGCCUUUGUGGGAUGCAAUUCCUUCACAACGUUUCAUAUAUGGUCUUGAUUGGGCUCCUGAUCCAAGAUGUGUCCUUGUAACCUAUGAUGAUGGAACACUACGGAUGCUUAGCUUAUCAAGAGCUGCAUGUGAUGUUCCAGUUACUGGGCGACCUUUUAGUGGUACACAACAACAAGGAGUGCACAGUUAUUAUUUAUCGUCAUUUGCCGUAUGGAGAAUCCAUGUUUCACGACUAACAGGUAUGGUUGCAUAUUGCUGUACAGAUGGAACUGUUCUCUAUUUUCAGCUAACACACAAACAAGUGGACAAAGAUCCAUUAAGAAAUCGGGCUCCACAUUUUCUCUGUGGUUCAUUGGCAAGUGAAGAUCCAUUAAGAAAACGGGCUCCUGAAUUUCUCAAUGGUUCAUUGGCAAAUGACGAGCCGACGGUUAUAAUGAACACUCAACUACCAAGUUCUCCCCACAGAAUAAAAAAGUCGGCAACAGAAUGGACAAAUGCACCCCGAUCUGCACGAACUGUUGCAUCUGAUUUGAAUCAAGCAAAAAGGGUUAGAAAAGGUACAGAAAAAACCCAAAAACCAGAUGAUCAGCUUCCUGCAUUGUGCUAUGGUGAUGAUACCAGAAAUGCAGACACAAAUGAGCUUCAGACAAGUGCAAAAGGUGGAAAAAAUAAAACAAGCAAAUCGGAAAAAACAAAUGAUGAUCAAGCAUUGAUUUGUUCUGACGGAAAUGAGGAGAAUUCAAACAAUAAAGCAGAUCCUAAAGGAGAAGCAGGUAGGAUAAUAGAAGUUCCUCCUCCCAAAAUCGUUUCGAUGUACAGCGUGAGAUGGAAUAUGAACAAAGGUAGUGAGAGAUGGUUAUGCUAUGGCGGAGCAGCCGGAAUUGUGCGUUGUCAAGAGAUUGUUGCCCCAGUGUUUGAUAAGAAACUGUUAAAGUGGUGAUCUCAGAGACAACUGCUGUAUUUUUGUACAUACUGAUAGUAUUAUUAGUGUAGUCUAUAUGGUUUUGUACGUAGUAAUUUUAUCAUUAGUGUAGUCUAAUGAGUUAUGCCAGCACUCAGCAGAAAUACUACUGUUGUACUGUUGCUACAUACUACUGUACUGGUACUAUUACUAGUACAUACUAGUAGAGUAGUCGUAUAUAAUGAAUUAUGAUAUUUAUUGUCAUUGUAGUCUUGUGCAUAUUGUCUUCACAUCUACAUUAGAAUUUUUUCACUUCAAUGCAUUUCAAAAUA